GCUUGUUUGGCACAAUUUGUACAUGAUUCACAUUCACGGUUCUAACAAAGUUUAUAAAUCAUCAUAAUUUACUAGAACCUUUCGGAGAGGGCGAAUAACCGCAUAUGCACAACGAUGAUUACAUGAAUGCAGAACUGUCAACGCGUGCUUGUUAUCAGCUGUCUUGUUCAAAAGAUAAACAAUAAAUCAAGCUUUUUACCGUGAAAUGCAUGAAAUAUGCUAUUGUGGCACCCCCAUGUGAAAAAACAGCAAGUGACAGUUGUCAUGUUUGCGGUAAAACGAGCACCAACUUGUUAGUUGCGUUGCAGUGAAGAAAACUUAACUAUUUUACUGAUUGACAAAAACAGUGUUCUUUGUGCACUAUAUAAACAAGUGAAUUGCUGAACAGUAGGACUAUUUAUUGUUGAUGCUUACGUAACCAGGAUGGAGUCUGACGAACACCACGAGGAUUUUUCCGCUAGCGAUUUGUUCGAGGCUAAACACGAAACUAUACUAGAGGAAACAAUCGUCGAGGAGAUUCCACUAGAGCAGCACUUAGCGUCGGAUUUCUUGCAUUCGUACAACGCAGCCUAUGAACAGAGCAUCGGUCCAGAAGAUGCUGCCCUGGUGAAUCGGUUUGAAGUUUUCAAAUGCUUUUUCCGUGGCCAACCUAUCCGAAACCCGGAAUGUUGUUGGACCGUUCGAUCCAGCACACCGACAGAAUUCCAGGACUACUUGUACAUACUAGCGAAGCCGUACAUGAAGCGAAGUGUAGAGUUUCGAACACAAUAUGAACCUGUCUGGUCGUCGACAGAGGUUCCCACGAGAGAAGAUUUACCGAAAUACAUUAUGUUUAAGGAUCAUACAUCGAAGAGGACGUAUUCCAUGCAAAAAGUUGAUGAGUACAUGCUUGAACGAUGGUCGCAUAAAAAAAUUGCCGUUCAGCUGUACGUAUAUGGGAAGCAUAUUCUCAAUAGAAACGCUUACGAAAUAAUGAAAACCAAAUUACUGGGGACUUCUUCCGAUUAUUCAAAAGCUAGCACGAAAUAUGAUCAGAAGCUGCAGGGGAUGGUUAGACGGUUGAAGAAAAUUCACUUUCAACGGUUUGUUCCAAAAAAUGAAGAAGCGUUCACGCUAUGGGCCCGUCACAUUUUGCAAGCUCCAAUCCGUCAACAAAUUACUCUUAGUUACGAGACACCGCCCGAAUCACUGCUAGAGAAUUUCGUGGUUUUAAAGAAAGCUACAAAUCCGAGAAAGCUUAAAAUUAAGGGACCAGCUCAACGCAGACACUGUUCCGAUGGGUACGGGUUCGAGGAGGAAGUUCAGGUCUUGCGAAAUACUGUAACGCAAAUGAGAGACCUAGUCGAAAUGCUGGAUCGACGUGUUGAAUUGCUAGAGAAGAAGUGCCAUGGCUUUAAUCAAACUAUUCUGCAGGGUGGCGUUCCGGAGAAAGAGAACAGAGAGCAUAGCGAUGACGAAGAUGGCGAUGAUGCAGAAGCGGACGAGAAUAUGGAAAAUGAUGAACCGGUUAUCGAUAUUCCAUUCGAGUCAGACCUGCUCGACCCCGAUUCGGUAGCUCUAAGUGGAAGACACGAUCCGGAUCCUUUGCUUGACGAAAUUAAGGAGGAAAGUGAUAGUAGUUGGUAACGUUACUGGAGCGAAACGGUAGCAAAUAAUAUUGGUUCAAGCUUUCUAGUUAUUAUUGUUAAAUCAACAUUUUAAUCCUUUUGUCAAU